AUACGGGUUACUGAUCCCGUGAAAAACGAAAACAAAAUUUAAAAUCCAAGCAAAAAAAAAAAAAAAAAAAUUACCCACCGAAUCGAAAAUUCCAUAAUCAAAAUGCACGAAUUCCUUGCUUCUCAAAUCUCAUCAUGAAAUUCCAGGACGAGAAAUAAAUUUUGGUUGACGAAUUGGAGUGGUCCGUUGGAUUUUUUUUUGACCAACGGAUGCGAACAACAACAAUGAAGGAGUCGUUAGAUAGAUCAGAGUUGCGGAGAAUGCAAAGAGAGCAAGAGCGCGAACGACGUCGUAUCAGGGACCGGCAGAGACGGCAGUCCAUGACGGUUGAACAGAGAGAACGACAUCUGGCUCGGCGUCGUAGGAACUAUCAGCUCAGAAGACUGAGAGCUGAAAAUGCCAAGGUGGAUUUCCAAUCGAAUCAAAUCAGCAAUGAACAACAUGAAGCAGUGAGUGAUGUUCAAGAAGUUACUCAGGGUGAAAACUUGAGCAUACAGUCUUUGCAGUACUCCGAGUGUUUGGAUGGCGUGGCUUGUAAAGGUUCUAAUUUGAACGUCCAACGGUUGCGGUUGAGUCAUGUAAGGCGGCUUGCACGAUCAGGGAGUCGUUUAGGGUGUGAGGUUAUUGCUGAUCACCAAAUUGGAGGAGAGGUGGUAGUAAAGGGUGAUGCCAAUAAUACGUCUUGUUUCCAAAUUGGAGAUUUUGAUUCUGGUAGAUUGCCAAAUGGACUACGUUUGAAUCGUGUUAAGCGGCUUGCACGGGCAAUAAAUACUGCUUCGAAUGAGGCUUCUGUUAAUGGUCAAGUAAUAGGAAAAAAUACGAUGGAUCAGAAUCAUUCCCAGGGAGAAAGUCAAGGGAUUGGUAAUGACAGCUCUAAUUUGGACAAACUAUCGCUUGCAGAGGUGAAGUUGAAGGACCUAACAUGGACGGAUAAACACCCAGCAUGGGCUAAUGUUGAGAGUUAACCGUUAGCUGCAAACAACAAAUGGAUGUCUUGUAGCUCUUCUUUACAGGUUUUUGAUUACAGACUUGUAAGUCAGAAACCAUUCAUCAUCUUUUGCUUCCAUACAUGUCUGUUAUCGUCCUUGAGAUUAACUUCAUUAAGUACUUGCAUGUACAAGUGCAUAGGUGUAUGUAUUCAUCUAGUGCUUCUUUAUUGUUGGUGCACAUCAUGGAUGUCAUAUAUUGUUCUUUUUUUUUUUUUUUCUGUAAGAAAAGAAAAGCGAUUUACACUGUCUAUUAAGGUGUGAAGACAGUGACAUUAAGAUUGCUUACAGUUGCCUCCAUGAAGAUGCAAAGUUUAUAACCUUGUCCUAUCUACAAUCUAUAUAGUUUUGGGAGAGGCCAUCAAGAAUGAUGGCUGCUGACAUUGAUCAUCAGCACAUGGUAGAUAAUGUGGAUUUGGUAAAGAUUUAACCUUGAUUGUGGCUUGUGCAGCCAAAUUUAAGGUCAACAAGGGGGUGUUAUCUUCACCUCAAGAUUCAUGAUCAUUGAUAUGGCUGGUUGUCAAGUGCCAAACAACUUAAUUCAUGUUUUCACCCCAAAAAUCUGCCUUUAUCUAUCCCUCUUCACUUCUCUACAUUACCACCUGAACCAAGGCCAGGAGCUAUUAAUGGAUAGAGUUAUUUUAGGAGGCAUUAUGUGUUGUGAAGCGACGAACUUGUGAGAACUUGGAGGAUUCCGUGUAUGGAGAAUCAUAAGUAGGAGCUAUUGUCUCCAUCAAGUUACAUUCCUUUUACACAUGUAACAAGAGAUGCUUCUUUGCUUGUGUUUCUUUUAUUUUGGUUUUGUGUCAUAUAGCAUACAUUAAUAUGUUUGAGUCUUACUGUUAAGGAAAAAAAAAUAUGCCAGGCAACUU